AUGGUGGAUGGAGAGUUGCAGCUGCUUGGAAAUCAGGAACACAACGAUAGACGAUGUGUACUGCCGGAACUGCUGCGCUCAGCUGCAACCGUGACUGCGGUAAAUGAUUGUGCAGCUGUUGCUUCAAAUGGAGGUGGUAUAAAUGCGCGAAAAGCGCCGGCGCUUGCGAAUUCCAUCGAUUUGAUGGCGCCUAUGACGCAAAGUAGCCGUUCACUAAAGAAAGCGGGCUUGGAAUUUCCAACGAAAUCUGGUGACGCUGGCCUUGAUGUUAAGGGUAUCAGCGGAAAAAUCAAUCAGGAUAUGGCUAAUGAGGUUUCGGACGACAAUACUGAUUUGAAAACCGCAAAAGGCACCGAGGAUGCUGCUAGCGAUGAAGAUUUCUAUAAAGAGGGAUCACCGCAGUUUUUGUCUCGUCUGAAUUCGGAUGCCUAUUCAGAGAAAAAACUCAGAGAAACAACGCUGCAGAUUUUGCUGGAAAAAGAUGGUCUGCCACCACGGCGUGUUGAAGCUGAUUAUUUGAAUCCAGCUACCGAAAUCAACGUUAAGCUUGCUGAUUUAGGAAAUGCUUGCUGGACACAUCAUCACUUCACGGAGGAUAUCCAGACUCGUCAAUAUCGCAGUUUGGAAGUGCUCAUAGGUGCUGGUUACGGUCCGCCUGCUGAUAUCUGGAGCACUGCUUGCAUGGUAUGCCUCGUUUCUCAUUACUUUGUCAAGAGGACACAACUCGCUUACUGCUCUUGA